AUGAUAGAGCGGGAAAGACAGCAUUUGGCGAGUAUGUAUGGCUUCCAUCCUUGGUCUGCCAUCUGUGACCCUGGAAUGCCUUGGUCCUGCCAUCCUGUGCAACAUUCGGAAGAGUUCCCUACGCAGGAUUAUGAGAGGAGAGGUAUAGAACGACCACCAGAGCUGACAAUUACUACAUCCACAGAGAGCGAGAACAGUCACGACGAACUUAAUGAAGGUAAAUAAGGCACGAGUACUGUACUCGCUGGGUUAUUAUGUGAAUACACUCUAUUUAAAGCACACCCACUCUAGAAUUCGGGCGCGGUGCCGCGGUGCUCGAUCAAGGCCGAGACCUUUGCUAGACCUUAUACUUUUGCACAAAAGUGUGCACUAGGUCCCUGUAUGCACAUGGUUUUUUGUUAGUUCUGGGGCAGUUCACUGCUUUUAACCCGCUCUAAGCUCUAGCCUGCGAACGGCAGACGUUUCUCCUCGCUCAUCGCCGCUGAGGGACGUUUCGCGAGGAGGAAUCGUGAAACGUCCCUCAGCGGCGAUGAGCGAGGAGAAACGCCUGCCGUUCGCAGACUAUCUAAGCUCAUGUUUCAUGUUUCAUGGCUUCUGACAUGGCGAAAUGGAGUAACUAUGUAUACAGUCGGGUACUCAAGGUGUGCUCUAGUGUCCGGGCACAAAGUGUGGACAGUCCCCUAAGCUUUGCGUGGCAUGUUUUCAUGUAGACUAUUUGCAGUCCCUUUUCAGCCAGUCGAGCAAGCUGAAAGGCAGGUUAGAGUUACUAGAACCCUAUGUCACAUUUUAAGUAAGUUGUAUAGUUAGCCACGGUGAUGAUAUAAGAUGUAGGGUAUAAACCCCUUUCACUUCGAAGAGUGAAAAAAACGAUAUUGUAUAAAAUUCGAAAGUACUUCCGAAGACGUUUCAUGAGACAGAGACAGAUCCUGUGAAGUCAUUAAUCCCAUGAAUCACGUUUCUUAUCUUAAAUACAACUUCUUCUCCCAAGAAACAAAUUCUUCAUCUAAGUUGACCUUCCUUUCACAACUGACACUCAACUGUAGCUGAGAGUUGUUUGCGUUUUCUUUUUCAGUGAGGCUUAAAGAGGAAAUUGAUGAAGUACACCCCCUUAGGCAGUGUACGACUAAAAAAGACACAACAAAAAGAGAAAAGGAAGAUAACCUACUUCUGACGAGUGAUAACGAGAGGGAGGAGCUGAGAGAAGAAACAAACGAUUUUGAAGUCGAUAUACACGAAAGUGGCGUAAGUCACAGCAACAACAAAACCACCGACACCGACAAGAAACUUUUCAAUAGCAUUUCCGAAAAUACUGGGUAUAACAGUGGAAGCGAAAGUGGCAAGGAUGAAAAUGAUUCCCAAGGAAACCAGAAAAGAAAGAUCCGACGAAACAGAACAACUUUUUCUCCGGAGCAACUGGAGAUGCUGGAAAAAGAAUUUGGGAAAUCUCAUUACCCGGAUGUAGCCACGAGAGAGGAGCUUGCCAACAAAAUUGAUAUGUCUGAAGCUCGAGUACAGGUAGGAAAAAAAAAAGAAAAUUUUGAAUUUACAAUCGUAAAACAUACAUUACAUAUUGGAUUUUAAACGCUUAGGUGUUCCCCCCUUACCACUUUCGCACGUAUUAAGGAUUUCUUCGGUUCGUUCCAUUUCUCACGACGUUUAAGCCAUUUUAGACAAGACUGCGCGCACUCUCUCCUUUUCUUCAGAUUUAGUGAGGAAAGUGCACGCGCGCAAGAACGUCGUUGAGCGGCGAAACCGCGAGACGCGUGCUCAUUUUCGUCUCUUGCGCGUUUCGUCCGACGGGCUGAGAAAAAAGAAAGACUGUUCAUAGUCUAUUUAAGACUAUCAUAAACUCGCUAUUUUUUCUGCUCACAUCUCUUUGCGCCAUCCUCACGAUCUGAACGCCUGGCACAGGAUACUUAGGCCCUGUUCAUAUGGAGGAAAGUAACCAGGGAGAGAGGAUCACCCUCACAGUCGAGUUUACCUUCGCGAGCGGUUAUAUGAGGAAAAAGCUGACCCAUUUGCCCGAGCCAAGAUAUGACAACAGCGCUUGCGCACGCUCUGGUUGUCUCACCUUGAUCGAGUUGACCUGGCUGGGUGAGCCGAAGUGUUUAUAUAGAUAAAUUAUUAUACGUUUCUGGGAAACUGCCCAUCUAACCCUCCCCUGGGCCAACAUUAACCCUUACUUCUCACUUAGAGCAAAAUGUUAGCUUAGGGGAGGGGUAGGUGGGCAGUUUCCCAGAAACAUGCGAUUAUCCGGCCCAGCUAGGAGGGUGACCCUGCCACUGAAAAGGAGUGACCCUUUUAGCCGACCAAACUUUUUGUUUCUCAGUAAACAGUUCGCCAAGUUUUUAAAGGAAAUGUAUGAAAUGUUGGUACGCCCAGGGUAGCUCGGGUAGGACCCUACUGCCCGAGACAAGUUUUCUCCAUAUAAACCGGGCCUAAGUGCCAAAUAUACAGUACAGAGUCAGUCUUACGAUUGUGUGCACUUUACACUGAAAAAGAAGCGGCAUGAACCAACUCUACUUCUUUAUUUGUCUUUAGAAGUGCCAGUUAAGACAGAGUUCUUUGUAUAAAACCAAAUGGCUAAAUUGCUGAAUGCGUCUGCCACACCCAAUUACUCCUCACCUCUUUCCAGUCUGCCCCCAUUAUACACACUUUUAUAGAAAAUGCAGCUUGACUUGUGAUAAUUAAAGCCCCGUGCAAACGGACGCAACAUUGUUGGCCAACAGCUCCCAGCAUUGUUGGAUGUUACAUGUUGCGUCCGUUUGUACCCCCUGUUGCAUGUUAUUGCGUGUUACGUGCAAACUGACGCAACAACUCCAAAAAUUGUCGUGCCAACAAUGUUGGGAGUUAUUACGUCCGUUUGCACGUGGCUUAAUCUAACAAAUAAAACCUUUCUUCAAUUUUCAGGUGUGGUUCUCCAAUCGCCGUGCUAAAUGGCGUCGCCAUCAAAAAAUCAACAGCUUACCGCAUAUGCGUCACUCGCUGCUUGGCGGCUGCUACCCAAUGUGCACAGAGUGCGACAUGGCGGAACAACCAUGUACUUUAAUAUCAGGUUCCUACAGCCCACCAAUGAACUCUCUUAGCCUCCUGUCGCCGAACACUGACAGACUGGGCACUUCUUCCACCUCAAUCUUAGGAGCCAGUGGCGCGCGACCUUGUUCUCCUCAAGACUGCACAUGUUCAAGAGUCUAAAUUUUUCCAUACGCUGCAGUACGCAUCCUGCAGUUGUGUAAUAAAGUUCCCUUGAAUGUAAAUAGUCUUUCUAUGAAAAUCUGGAUAAUUAUUUAUGGCUGAAUUCACAGUACCUAAGUAAAGUUUUCAAGAACCUGAUACGUAUGCGCCAAUAAGGGGAAUAUUUGAAUUCCUCUGUAUCGAUAAUUUUUAAUCAAAGUAGGGAAUCUAGUUUCUUCUGAAGCUGGUUUGGAAGUCAGUAACUAUGAAACUCUUGUAAACGUUGGCUUGCAACAAUAUCACCUGCAUGUAUUUCGUCCCAAUGAACUGCAUGCCCCCUUGGCUUUCCGGGGAUGGCCCGUCCAGGUUUUGAAAGAUAGGCAGUUUUCUUAUACAAGUGCAAAUGUAAGGCUCUUUAGUCGGCUAUAUGAAUUGUACAUAUUUUUAGAGAUUUUAUAGGCUGUGUUAUAGGGACUUUGGUUAGCGAUUCUUUACAAGAGAUAGAUAGAGUUCGCUGGGGUCAUAAUUGAUAAGGCUGAUUUUUUAAUUUGAAAUUUUUCAGCAAAUGAUAAUGAAAUUCAUGGCUUGUAAAUUGUUAAAUAAUUGUGAAUAAACAGUGCCAGCGGAGGGGGUGGGGCCAGGGGGCCUUGCCCCCCGCCUCCACCCCACUUUUUGUGCGAAAUAAAAAAGGGUUUUCCUAAAAUUCAUAUUUACUAAAUAAAGAUUUAGAUACUAGGACUAUGGAUCUGGUUUUUACCCUCGUUUACCAGGGAAUAAUAACGUAGACAGGUGAUUAGAAAAUGACUCGGCAGAGUCAGCGGUUUUUUGCCCCUGUUGACAAGCCUUCGGAGAUAUCAUGCGUACUUUUUACGUAAGACUGAAUUACCAAGUCGAGCUUAGGCGAUUCAAGUUUUCAUUACAUGUACCCCAUGGAACCACUGAAUGGAAAAUUUCAAAAAAGCGGUUAAUUGAAUCAUUUCAGUAGAAUUCUGACUUAAAAGUACAAAAAAUUGUGACGUGUAAAGGACGAUAACGAGGCCACCUUCAUUUAGCCUGCCAAAAGACUGGCUACUUUUUGGCGAUAUGGACUGAGGUACCAAAUUCUAAACAAAAAGCCUCGAUCUGCUCACAGGGCCAGUGUUUGAGUAACACAUCGACCUCACGGGAUAUCAUGAACUGGUCCUUUAUGAUCCCGGGACUAAUGGAACUUAUCGACAUUUGAAAACAUUACAAUUAUUACAGUUGUUGAGUUAAACUGCGGCAAAUACGAGCAGAAAAAAAGGAAGUGUUCUUUCUUUGUUAGUUCAAUUUGUAUCAGGUUUGGUUUGAAUGUGGAAUUCUUUUUGCCUCGGGGAGUAUUCCCGGGAAUUUUUUUUUUUUUUUUUUUUUUGACCCUUUUUCAGACUUUCCACACCCGUUUUCAGACCUGAUAUUCCAAUUGAAUGCCCCACAGGAGUCCCAAGCUCAAAGAAAAUCGGUGUGGCGUUGCAAGACUGUGUAUAGAAAUAACAUACUGAGGUCAUUAGUUUUAUUUUUAUUUUUUUCUAUAAAACUGGGAGACUUGCCUUUGAUGUACCCUGUGAUUUUGGUGUGAAUUUAACGAUUUAGUUGAAAACAAAAACCGACUAAACCGAGGAAUUCACUCCAAGAACAGUUGAAUACAUCAAAGGUAAGAGUCCUUUAUUUAUUUUAUAGAAAAAAAAUAAAACUAAUGAUAUUUAGCGUUUGCAGACCUCUCGUCAGUAUUUUAUUUCUCAUACAGGCUCAACGGUCGCACCGACUCUCUUGUGAGAAAGUAAAUUUGCACGUAAGCUUUUGAAUCUCAAUACUGCGGAAAAUUUAUUUUAACAGCGUGAUUGAUUAAAUAAAACCAGUUUUUAACUUUCCCUCUGAUGAAUCACCACAUGUACAGCAUCUUUAGAAAUAGAAGCCUUCAUUAAUUCAACAGCAGUCACAGCUUAAUAUAAUUUAUAUCCUUACUGUAAAAGGCCAUUUCCGCAUUCUUUUAAAUGGCUUAUCCUUGACAUUACAUAUUGCGCUUACGAUGUAUAAUGUAUCAAAAACAUCAAUUUUAUCUCAUUCAGAUUGAACGCAUAGCAAAUCCCUCCCCUCGAACAGAGAGAGAUUGUUAAUUACACGAUUGACAAUCGUUAAUAUCGUCAUAUAGUCGAAUUAUAAUCAUCAGUCAUAACUCGAAUUAAUGAGUAUUGAGAGCUAAAGUUUAUCUCGGUAAGCUUUACAACUGUAAUUGUCACUAAAAUAAUUAUAAUAUAGUGAUUUUGAGAUGACUAUUGAUGUACAUUCAAGCCGAAGCAACCAAGAAUAGAGAAUGAAAGAUUUCAAGAAUGGGUAACAGUUUUGUCCUGUUUACGCAGUUGUUGAUGCGAAGUUGUUGAUGCAUGUCCGUCAUCGUGACGGACAUGCUACACUUCAUGACAGAAACAUGCAGUGUUCUUUUCCUCUUGGUCAUCGGGCUCUCGUCGUCUCUCGGCUAUCCCGGCGACAAUCUCGGCAUCGUCAUCGAGUGUCUAUGAUCAUGGAGGUGGUUGUUGGAACAUACGAGCAAGUUCUUGUUGGAUUUGAUAUACUUACUGCGGAUGACGAGCUUGAGGUAACAUGCACAUACUUAACAUAACAUAAUGAGGGCUUAUGAGUGAAACAAUUUGAUUCCUUUUGCUUUUUCCCAAGCAGUACAGGUUGAAACCAAAAUUCGCUGAGAAGGAGCAUACGGGUUGUAUCAAAUGUGCAGCUAACAACGGGGCAGUUCUUGCUACAGGGAGUUCGGAUGAAACGAUACGGCAAGUGAUUUUUUUGUAAGACUUUACGGUAAGAUUUUCUCACAGCCCUAAAAGAAGUGAGUCGAAAAAUGUUUGCAUUAUGAAUGUUUGAGACCAUGCGGAAAUCUUGCCAAGACUCUGUAACUGGAACAUAAGCCUAAUCUUAACAUGAAAAGUUCUAAGGAGCGUAUCCACUCACGUGGCCAGCGUCUAUGCAAAUUUAUGGGAACAAAAGAAAUUUGUUACAUAAGAAAAGGGUCCAACUCUCACAGGAUUUGUUUGGAACACCAACAUGGCCGCUGUUUCAUUGUUUUGGAACACCAAUAUGGCCGCCGUGACGUCAUGUGAAAACGCUCUUUAAGUUACACGCAGAUGGGCCAAUGGCUUGGAAGGGGCUUACAAGUGCUGGGGAGGGGGAAUUGCUGAUAGCCAGAAGAAAAUGACUGUUGGUGGGCUUAUAAUAAUUAUAGUGCUAUCCAUCAUAUAAACCACUGUCUAGUGGAUAUGUAUUAAGGAAACCAAUAAACUGCCUCCUCCACUGCCCCAGAGGAAGUACUCCCUGUAACAGAUAUCAAUCUAAAUUUAAAAAAUAAUAGAUCUGCAGCUGGUCCCAGUUUAUCAAAGGGUGGAUAGUGCUAUCCCAGUGUUCUCACUAGGAUUUUGCCUUGGGGAGUCCCAGUGCCCCCUCUGUUGAGAAACAGAGAAUAUUAGGGGGACAAGAACAUUAGGGAGACAAAAUUACUCCAAAUGAUCUGCUAUUGAAAUACCUACCUGAUCCAAUAUGGUAGUCGGGGUAUGUAUGAUUCAAUAACGAUGCAUUCACCAAUCUUCCAAAUGUAUGUGGGACCAAUGAAAGUUAAGGAAGUAAAAUUAAAGACUUUGAAUCUUUUGAUAUCAUGUUUUUUAUUCAUUUGACCAAGCAAAAUGCUGGGGUGUUAGUUGACCAUUAAAACUACUAACUCAUAACUUGACUCCUAGCAUGCCCCUGUGCCCUAAUGGGUUCAUCUUCUUGGCUUUUUAUGCGCCAUCUCAGAUCUUCUUGUGGGAAUCCUGCAAGGCUGUGGCCUGAUGAGAACACUGCUAUCUACUGGAUAAGCGAAUUGGUUUCCCUAAUAUUCAUCCACUGAUUAGUGAUUUAUCUGGUGGAUAGAGCUAUCCAGCUUUUGAACAAGUAACAAGAAAAUGUUGGAUAGAGCUAUCCACCAGGUAAAUCACUAUCGAGUGGAUACAUGUAAAUCCAUGUAAUGGGGAAACCAGUGUACUAUCCACUGGGCACAGAAGUACAUGCUUAAUGUAUAACAACGCUAAGGACAGCAUUUUUAAAGUGAGGAUCAUUUGCUUACAUUUCCUUCUUUCUUACCUCUUCACUUUCUUUCUUUGUACAGUGAACACAAUAGAAACCCACAAAUAAGAACCUUGCCCCAGUUGUUGUAUUAUGUGUACUUAAAGGUGAUAUCAAAGAUGAUGAUAAUAGUAUUAUUAUGUUUUAAAGUGAAGAGUUUAGUCAUUAUUUUUAGUUUCUAUCAGAUCUUUCUUUUCAUUAUAUUUUGCCUUCUUUCCAUUUUCCUUUUGGAUCACUAUACGUGCACAAAUAAAUAUUACCAGUAAUAACUGAAGGUUAUGGAGUGCAGGCGAUAAUGAUCGAAGGUCAAAUAUGCUUCUGCUCCGGUGCUGUGCUUUGCUUAAGUUUCAUGUGGUAGAUGACCAAAGUAUGUGUGAUUUCAUGCAGCUUACGAGGCACAGAGCACUGGUGAUCAGAUUGGGUUCUAUGCAUUUCAUUCAUUCUUAGUGGAAGUCCAAACGAAGCUGGCUACAUACGUGCAGUACUUGUACAUGCGUAAUAGUAACCUGGGCCCAGUUGUUCGAAGGAAGAUUAGCGCUUAACAUGAGGUUAAAUUUAACGGAGGUUUCUUUUUCUUGUGUUCAAAAGCAUUUUCUUGGAUAAUUUUCUCUGUUAUUUUUAUAGCUUCCAAUCAUCAACUUGUGCACAAAGAGAAUUACAUGUAAAGCUAAAAUGCUUCUUAAGGCUUCAUAUCUGAAUUCAAAUCUCGCACUAACCCUGGGUUAUCUUAACCCAGCUUUGAACAACUCGGCGCUGGAGAUUAGGAUUGCAGGCUCCUCUUGUUGCCCACAGUUACAUGUCCCAUUAUAGCUUUUAUUAUAGUUUAUGUGUGUCGAUAUAACUUUUGUUACACUUCACUUUAUAAACAACUUGUUUUUAACUAUUAAUGUAGUGGCCUACACUACAGCAUAGUAUCUACGCUGCGCAAACAAACUUAAAACCCAGAUUGCCCUUGAUCACAAUAAGGUUUGCUCUUAAGUACACUUAAAAACUUGAAAAUGUGAAGUUGCAAGUCUGUCUUUACAAGGACAUUGUAAGAACUCAGUAGAGGGUAGCUCCACCCACAGGUUUACUUGUAAAUCCUGUAGUUACUUGACAAUAAUAUUAUAUGUGACAUUGCUCUCAUAUUCUGCAUUAUUUGUUAGAAUGUACAUCUUUGUUAGAAGGUGUGUAAAUCUCAGACAUGUGUUUGUUGCAGUGUAAUUUACAUUUACUUAUACUGAAGCUGCUCAAGUUACUUGCAGGAAUUUCCCGCGGGUAGUUUUUGCACUCCCCGCCAGGAAUUCUUGUAGUAACUGGAGAAAUGAUGUACAUGCUCAUUAUUGUUAAGAAGAUGCCUUAUGUUUGACUAUACUGAAGCUUAUACUCGUCUGAAGCUGCUCAAGUUACUUGCAGGAAUUUUCCGCGGGUAGUUUUUGCACUCCCCGCCAGGAAUUCUUGUAGUAACUGGAGAAAUGAUGUACAUGCUCAUUAUUGUUAAGAAGAUACCUUAUGUUUGACUUUCUCCUGUUGCUUGCAGGAAUUUCUAGCAGAUAGUUUUUGCACUUGCUGCAAGAUAUUCUUGUAGUAAUUGCAGAAAUCAACUACAAUAAGAUCUAAUCAGUGGGCCCAUUAACUAUCUUCAUUUAUCUAUUUAAAAUGGUCAUGAUUUUAUGUUUGACUUUCUCAAAAUACUCUUAACCCUUUAAGCCCUAAGAUCCACAUCCAAAUUCUCCUGACUGAUCUCCUUACAUUUCUUUUAAGAACAGUUGAGAGAAUUUGGUCUAAGAUCAAUGCAUUCUCUCCUUAGGUAAUCAAUUUAGUAAUUCUCAUAACUUUUAUACUGUUACUCGUCACGCUCUGCUAAUGUUGUUAGGAGAAAAUUGAUGAUGAUCACCCUUGGGACCUAAAUUACCAUACUUUUUGCAUGUAAUCUUGCACCGUUUUUGGUCUCAGUUACUCUAUAGUCAUCACAAAAUUCAUGGCACCUUACAUAAAGACUGCAUUGGCUGUAUCUUUUAAAUUUUUCACAGUGUUCAAUCUAGGCCGCAUAUUUGCAUCAAUGGAUAAGGAUGGUAAGGCUGGAGAAGUCAGUUCAACCUCCAGAACUUCAAGAGCCAACAGCUUCAAGCUUAAAAACUUUAUUAUACCCUGGUGAUAGUUUGGAUGAUAGUUAUUCAAAGUUUCAAUAUCAAAGUUUGUCCCAGACCAUUUUUGAAAUGACCCAAUUUUUUUUUCAAAGUGGGAUAUAUGACCCACUUUGACUAAUUUCUAGAUUGAACAUUGCUUUCAGUAACUUCAUUUUUAUGAUCCUAUUUACUGGGCAACUCUUAGCUUCAAUUAGUGGUACGUCCAGGGAAUUCUUUACUAGCUAUAGUUCUUGCACUAGCUGUAAGAAAUUAUUCUGGAAGAACUAAGAGAAAAGAUUUAAAAGAGGAUUUUUGUAUGCUUGAAAAUGUAAUUGUUUCUUUAAUUAGUUCUUAACCUGUGUCUUAUACAAAUGUAGGUAUUUGACACAGCCGCAUCUAUGACUUUAGUACGUCUUUAAUUGGCAUAGUAAUUUUGUCCUUAAGUGUCAUCAAUCUAUGACCUUACAGUAUUUGGGACAACCAGCUUAGUAGAAACUGUGUUGAGCUGGUUUUUAUUCCAAAUGCAUUUUGAAAUAAUGGAAUGAAUUAAAAAAACAUUUCCUGUUGCAUUUCAAAGUGCUGGCAAUGUUGUCCAAUAAAAACCAUUUGGGGAAAAAAGCAUGCAGGAAACAUAUCAAACUGUUUCAAUGUGACACCACUUUCUUUCUACUGGGAGGCAUUCACAAGAAGUUGUCAUCACCUGACUUAGGAUUAAUGGUUAAUAAUUUUUAGGUUAUACAAUCUAAAGGAUCACAGAGAACUGGGUGCCCUGAUGCAGCAUGAAGGUAUUUAUGAAUACAGACUUGCCAACUCCCAUGAAUUUGUUGUCAGUCUCACGAUUUCUCGACCAAUCUCAUGCUCUCAUGAGUUAGCAACUGAUUUCUCAUGCUUGUCUCAAAAAGUCAAACUCCAAAAAAAAUGUUGGAGCUGUCUGGCCCAUUUCCAGUUUAAUAGAUAGCAAUAGAUAGCAAGCUCAAUCCAAAGAAUAAUUAUAUGCUUGGCAGUCGAGUUUGGUAACAUGUACAUUCUUUUCGCCUACAGCAACUUGCCACUGCAACCAAAUGUGUAGACUUACUGUUUCUCUUGUUUCAAUUAAGACAGCCUCCAACAAAACUUAGAAAUUACAAGUACAAAACCUAAACUGAAAUAUCGUGAUGUUUACUGCUCCAGCUUCUAAUACCCGUAAUGGCUCAUAGUCCCCUUGAAGGUCUUUCCACUUAGAAAUUUGGGACAUCUAGCGACUUUUUACCCAUUCUCACUACUUGUCUGAGCGCUUAGUUCACAAUCUUACAGAUAUAUUUGCCUUUUGUGGGUUGACAAGUCUGUGAAUAUGCACAAACAAUAAUCUUCUCUUAAGGAUCAGUCAACUCCCUUCUAAACAUUAUGGUAGCUACAGGUGAUGAUCUCAUGUAGGGGAGGUAUUGGUAGAUACUGUAACAUUACGUGUAUGUCUUUCAGUCAAACCUUAAACUCUUCAAACUACAGAUUGCAACAUUCUAUCAAAAACAGGCCUUAUUCAAGAAAACAACUUUUUAAAAUGGUAGUUAGUGAAGCGCGAUUCCUCCUGAGAAGUUUUGUUUGUACAGUGUAAUUUGGUUGAAACAGUGUGUACAGAAGAGACAUGACAUUACAAAGAUUAAAUUUGUGAAAAAUUAUAUGGGAUUGGUUGGCACGGUCAUUUAUAUGUUUCUGGGAAACUGCCCACCUAAAACCCCUCCCAUAAGCCAACAUUAACACUUACUUCUCGCUUAGGGCAAAAUGUUGGAUUAGGGGAGGGGUAGGUGGGCAGUUUCCCAGAAACGUAUAAUAUCUGGUUGGCAUAUUCAGGGAUAACAAGAUCCAAAAUGUCCAGUGGCUAAAAAUCAGCCUGUGUGUGCAAACUGGUGAGGAGAUGCAAAAGAAUCGUUCUGCUUUGAUGACUCCAUACAUAAAUCCUUCUGAAAAAGACCUGGUUAGAAAACGUUACAAUCCAAGUCAAUUUUAGGACAUAUGUAUAGAGUUAUCCGAGCAUAACCUGCGUAUAUCUCCUCACCAAUUGGCUUUAACAAGCUGAUUUUUAGCAAGUGGACAUUAAUCUUAUCACCUUGUUCUCUCUGAAUACGCCAACCCGUCCCAUAAUUUUACCAAAAAUUAAUUUGAUUUUUUGUGACACACACAUCUCUUCUCUUCUCUUGUUUAUUUUUCAGGCUCAAUAACAUGUUUGACAUUCCAUAACAAUACACACAUGGUAAGUGCCAGCGAGGAUAAUACCAUUUGUGUUUGGGAGUGUCGUACAUGGGACUGCCUCAAAACUUUAAAAGGCCACAGGUAAUGUGAUCAUCUUUGCUGUAGAGAUUAUUGUUGUCUUAGACUGGUGUUAAUUUCAAUUAAAGCUGAUCUUUCUUUUCCAUUAACCACGUAGAUUUAUGUAAGCAUCAUUAGUUGUUAAUUAAGAUGUCAGUACAGUUCACCUUGUCUUGUCUUGUUCUCAAUUAUUUGAUGACCUGUCUGAUUGAUUAAGUAUUGGAUUGAUUGGGAGAAAUUUGAUGCUGAUCAUGGAUCACAAGGUAUACAGGGUUGGGGAAAUAAUACAGAAGAAUACAGAAUUCUUGUGUUCACAGGCAUGCAUGGCAGGUUGCAAGGGUGUAGUUAUGUAAUUUUCUUUAAAAGGAGGAUUGACAUUAAAUGCUAUGACAUCUCAGCCCUGUACUGUGUCUGUACAUGAAUUUUUAAACUCCAAAAGUACAUGUAGGUAACUUGAACAUAAUUUUUUGUGAAUACAUUGAGGUACUGUAAGUGUACAUAUAGGUAAUUCUGUUUAUAUAGGCAUGACUCCUUCCCUUUCUUUGUAACUCAGGUAGAGUUCUCAGUUGGUGCCUGGGCACAGUGCCUGAGCAUAGUACUAGCUGGGCACUAAUUUGACACACAAUGUUUUUCAAGUACCCAUGCCAAACUUGGGUAUGGUGUUCGUGCUUGAAGGUAAAGACGUCUUGUAUUCAGGUCCUAAAGUGGGCACUGGCUACCUGUGCUCACACAUUUCCGGUUAUUCCAAACAAGGUUUUAGCCAGAUUGGUGUCUAGCCAUCCUAUGGACACCCAUUGUUGAAAGAAAUACAAGGAAAAUUCACUUAAUCUCUUAUAAUUUAGGGGAAAACAUGCCCUCUGGACAGCCAGUUUUCAAUGUCUGGCUAAAAGCCUGUUUCCAAGGCAAUCAUCCAUUGCUCCUAUCUUCCUGCUGUGCUCACAUUUCAAAAUGGUGUCUGACACGCAAAAUGGAGAAAAAAAUUAACACUGUUAUAUAUCAGACUUCACAGCACUAUCACACUAGUGCUCAGACACCAAGUGUGAGCAGUUCCUGAUAUUAAAUUAUAGGCAUUUUUUCUGUAUCCAGGGGCCAUGUUAAUUCAGUGUCUGUGCAUCCCUCGGGGCGACUUGCAUUGUCUGUAUCAAAGGACAAGACUUUAAGGUUAGUCUCCUCAAGUGGCCUAUUGGAACCUAACUCUAUAGAAUCUCUGAGGAAUGUUUUGUUUUAUUUUAUCUUUGCAUGUGUUUUGACCACUUUUUUAGUUGUCCACACUGAAAUAACAUUAAUUGUCUGGCAGUUAAGCACUCUGGAAGUUGUUUACUGGAGUGGCAGUUUUUUCCUUUUCUUUUCUUUCAUUUUUUUGUUUUGUUUUGUUUUUUCAGGUUUUGAAAGUUGUGCCGUACUCAAUAAAUAAUGUUUACUUGGGAUCUCUUAUUAUUGUUUGCUUUCACAGAACAUGGAAUCUUGUUACUGGCAAAUCUGCAUAUGUUACAAACAUCAAAGAAGGUAAGAGUAUAUUCCUAAUUUUAGAUUGAAAAAAUUAAUGCCAGGUACACAGCAGUUCAUGCACCCCAACAAACUUUGUUAAUGCCACAAAACUUCACUUUUAUUUGCAACAAUUUGGUUCAUGAAACAUUUGUUCAAGACUGAUGGUCUUAUAAGAAUAUAUUACUCAAAGGGGUUAUAUGUAUGUCACAAGAGUAUUGCUGUUUUAUAGGUCAAUUACGUGCUGAAGUCAUUACUCAGUACCUUUACCCAUACACAAAAUGCUCCUGAAGAGUUGUGGCAAAGAUAUCAAACAAAUUUUAUCAGGGAACAUUAAACUAACUAUUUUUUUUUUGUCAUUUUGGCACAUACAUGUAUAGCAUUACAACUUGAAAACGUUGGUCCAACUUUUUCAAGUUUUAGUCCCUGUCCAUUCUUGUCAUCUGUGGCAAUAAAUGACAGGAAACAAUUUCAUUGCCUUAAUAUACAUGUAGUCUUAAAUAACAAAACUGGAUCAUUAUUUUUAGAAUUCAAUAAGUAAAGAAACAUGAUAUUUUUCAAAUGUGGCUAAGUGAAAUUUAGGCUAAGUUAAACUAAAGACAGUGCUGGCCAGCUGUCUCUCUCAUCAGUGAUAUGCGGGGGUGUCCUAAUCACAUCCUAGGGGCUUGUGGGUCUCUUUACAGGCAUUCUCUUGAGGUCAGAUCAUUAUGUUUGCAAGUUAUUGCCGAUUGUCACUAGUGCCUUUAACAAGGAUGGCAUAUAAAAUAGGCAGGAGACUUUGGUCUUGUGAAUCUUGCUAAUCCUAACUCUUGUUUGUGUGUGUUUAGCUGCCCUGAUUGUCAAGUGGUCUCCAUCAGGUGAUAGUUAUGCUGUCGCCAUUGGCAACAAAGUCGUAGUUUAUAAACUUGCAGUAAGUAUUAAAAAGAGUGUAGAGUAUUUCCAAUCAAAUUUCAUCUUGUUAAAUUAUCAGUUGCAAAGAUUACCCUGAUAAAUCCUGCGUAGGGGCAUUUUCCAAAAGUUAUAACUGGCUGGCUGGACCAUGGCUGGACUAGUUUUUGCUGAAAAACCAUCUCCUUCCUGCGUACUAUUAAGUAUUUGACUGAUCUGGCUGGAUAGUUUUGAUUAAAGGUGAAAUUCUGAUCAUGAAAGGAAUGAGUUGGUCGCUCAGAUCUGACAAAUGAAAAGCACCCUAAGAGCUUCAUAUGAAUUGUACAAGUGGAUUUUGUCCACACACUCAAAACUCUAAACAGUGUAAUUGGGUUUUUGUAAUUGAGUGAAGUGAACUAAGAACACCAGCAAGGUCUUAACAGUUUUAUGGAACUUCAGUUCAUAGAAACCUUUUGUGGUCCAGGAAUUUUUAAAAUUCAUUUUCUUGCAUCACUGCUAUAGCCUUUACCACCUGGACAUGUCUGGGAACUUUCAAAAGCUUUCAAAAGCUUUUAAAAAACACUUUCAAGGUAGUCUUUUCAAUACUUUAAUUUCAAUGAUUUCUUAUACAAAAUAAUAUAUUAGUUUUCAAGUUUUUAAUAGUUUCUGGGGGCUUCAGAAAAUUUAAACCAGCUACAAAUGUUUCAUCUAUCUCCCUAUCCAGUCCUGUUUGGAAAAACUUAGAGGGUUGCAGUUGAAGAUGGCUGACACUUACGGAUUAUACAUGAUUUAAUGUGGUGAAUGUUUGAUUUGUCCUAGACAGCUGCCUUGUCAUUUACAAUGGAGUUCUCAAGAUACGUGUUAGCCCUAGAAUUCCUUUCAGUAAGUACUGCAACCAUAGCAUCCUUCUAAAAGUUUAUACAUCUGCUACACAUGCAUGCGUUCAAGAUUGGAAAGCAAGCAUUCUUGAGUUGUUAUACUCUGUAUAUACAUAGUAAAUUUACAAUAACUGAGUGAUUUCUCUCGCACUGAUUGGUUGAGACCUAUGGUCAAUAAGAGUACCCCUCAGUGGGCGUUAAACCCAUGACUCCAAGAUAUCAGUUCAGUUGAAUACUCUAGCUGCCAAGCUGUAGGAGACUUUUAGUAAUUAUGAGCGUCAUGAUAACAGACUGCAGUCAACUCUCUUUUAACAGACAGCUCACAGGGGUGAAUCCAGGAUUUUUAUCAGGAGGGGGGCACCUGGUGACUUAAACAAAAUCUCAGAGGGGGGGGUGGUGUGCACCCCUUGUACCCUCCCCCUAGAUCCAACCCUGCCUUGCUAAGAUGGUCACCCAGAGUAGGUCCCUGUCUUUCUAUAUUCCUUUCAACAGACACCUCUAUAAGACGGACACCUCAAUAAGACUGACACCCAGAGUUGGUCCCUGCGUUUUUAUAAUCCCUUCAGUUGCUGUCUAAAGAUGGACAUUUCUCUAAGACGGACACAUAGUGCUAGUACCAAAGAUGGAGAGUUGACUGUAGUGAUAAUAUGCUGCUAGUCCUGUAGCUACAGCUUGCCCAAAGGCAGGCUGUAAAACUGACUUUCUUUGCACCCUGGUGACCAACAUCAGUUUUCUCCAAACAAUAUCAAUGCAUAAUCAAGAUGAAAGGUUAUGAGAAUGAAUGAAAAGAUCACCCUAGGCAGAGGAUAAUCUUAUAUCAAAUUCUCUCAACUAACUCUUUAAGGACACGUAUGGAGAUAAGUCUGGGAAAUUUGCAUGUAUAUAUAUAUAUACUUUCUAUACGUACAUGUACGUGAUUUUCUUUGAAAGUCGUUAUCCGAUAGUUUGUCACUUGCAUUCAGUUUCAAUCACGAUUACUAAUCUCAAAUUAUUAUUUUGUUAUCCUAGGAAAAUAUCCUGGCGACAGGAGGAGAAUUUGAAGGAAUAAGAAUUUUAGACAUUGAAAAGGAGCAGUGUGUUCAGACAUUGCAAGGACAUGCAAGCAGGUGAACAAUCAAACCCCUCGCCGGGCGAGUCUCUCUCGCAUUGCCUCCCGUUGAGUUGGGGGGGGGGGGGGGGGGGGGGAGGCGAAGAGACGGAUGGGAUGACAUUUCAGACCAUGGGAAACAUAAAAAUAACCGCUUAAAACUGUAGAAAAAGGUAUAAAUAACACGGCAAACACAAAAAAAGGACUGGAGGGAAAAACCUGAGAGAAGACUGAAAAGGAUUGCGUGUGUGGUUUUGAAAACUUCUUGGCCUAACAGUUUUUCAAAGUUCAUGUUUGGUGUGUGUAACAUUUUAAAUAAUGCUUGCGAGACAUAUUUGUUGGACAAGAAGCUGUGAUUUUGUCGUUCACAAGUAAUUUCUUAAGCUCUAUAGCGAAAACUACGUGUAAUUUGCAUUUAACAAAAUAAACUAGACCACAGCUUUUGACAGAUGACAUAGCCCCUUUAAGGAAGACGUAAGUAAGUAUAGACUUUUCCCUGAUGUGCAGUUGACCGAAUAGACACAUCAUAACAUAAUGGGAGACGUUUCACUGGUUGCGUUAUGUAUGAGCUAAUAUUAGUUAUUACUUGCAAAGGAGAACAAUCGAAAUAAAAAUCAAAUUCGGUCUUCAAAUGACGCGCAAGUUACAUCAACUCACGAAUCGAUGAAACUCGCACCCUGUCUUAAAAAAAAGAAAACCCACAGUCAUCAAAACGUUUGGCGGGUUACUCUUCGCUGGUAAAGUCAUACUGUGGCGUGUUUUUUUUUGUUUCUCGCAAAAGUCUCUGAAGUAUCCUUUGUAGCGAAGCUUGCGGCACAAUUUGCACUCGACAGUCAUCAAAACGUUCGCUAGGUUUCUCUUCGUUGGUAAAGUCAUACUGUGUUGUGUUUUUAUGUUUAGUUUCUUACAAAAGUUUAUUCAGUAUCUUUUGUAGCAAAGCUUGUGACAGCAAUUUGCACUUUGAUUGUUUACCUGCUACAGUUCUUUGUUUCGUUUUCAAUGCUUUUUUGUAACCUGAAAACACAAUAAAAUUCAAAUUUAGUGGGUUCUUGCUAAACAUGAUUUCAACAGUUUGAAUGUAGUAGCGUACGUUCAAGUGGUGCGUUUUAGCGUUCUUAUUUGUCUUUUAGCAGUUUUACUCCCUGGUUUAGCAAAACAACUAGCGAAUCAAAUUUUGUUUUUCGAUGACGCAUUGGUUUGUUUACAAGUAAAGAUUCAGGAUCAGUUUAGCUUCCAUGUGUCAGUUUAGUUUCCAGGUUAGAUUCGGUGAUUAUUUUCCAUGCAUACGUCGUCAGUAACGACAAAAUAGCUCACGCGGUUACAAGAAUUUUCGUCUUGAUUUUAUGUUCGCAUCAUAACGUCAACCACACAGCCAUUACUGGCCAACUUGUCUCUCUUGUUUGACUGUUUUAGCGAUGAUGUCAUGCCUUUUCUCAUUGGCUGACACCUUUUCUAUUGUUCUUGCGCUAUAAAUUGGCGACACCACCCGGAUGGUUGGGCGGAUCCGUAGAACCACUGAACAGUACACUUCUCACCUUUCAUUACGUCAAUCAUAUUCAUAUUCAAUACCCAUUCCCUAUAGUGAAACUGUGCAUCCGUAACACCACCAGACCAUAUCUUUGUCACCUUUCAGGACUUCAUCCAUAUCCAAUGAGGCAUCGUUCUAGUUCACUUAUUCCCCAAAGUGAACCUAUGUAUCCUUAACAACACCAGGCCACAUUCAACACCAAACUGAAUUAUUGUUUACCUAUUCCCCAUAGCCCUACCUGUGCAGUAGUAACACCACGGGACCACAUACCUCUCAACUAUCAGCACUUCAUCAAAGUAAUUUCAAUAAAAAAAUUAUCGUUUACCCAUUUUGGACACACCACUCGACCAUAGACUUCUUGGGUUCGUAUUCAAUAAAGUAUAGUUAAUCAACUCUCUAGUUUAAACCCCUUGCACUGUAACAACACCAAACCAUGCACUUUUUUUACCUUUAAACACUCCCUCCUCUAUUCAAAAUUCCCUUGCGUCUGGCGCGCCAUCCAACAUUAUACCCAACUUGGUUGGCUUUUUUGACUCUGGGCUGCUGCUGCUGCUGUAACGUAGGGAAGCUGUAGUGUAGUGAAACUUUGUCUACAUUUUAUGCCUCUAUUCUCCGGUAAAGCUAUUUAAGUAAAAUCGCCGCUUGUUUAGGAGUAUAGACGGAAAUGUUAGUAAUACCUUGAAAUUUGAGCCCGAUACCCCUAAUUGUUUGGGAGAGAAUCUCUUUGAAAACUAAAAAUUUUGCAAAGAAUGUAUGGCUCAUUCACUUUUUCGCUACACAGGAAUUUCGCAGUUUUUUAUCGCUUUUAUUUCCUUAGAUAUUGCGUGGAAAGACCUGAAUAUUGUACGAAUGGUUCAAGUUAACCAGCUAUUUACCAUUUUUUGUCUAUACAGCGACGAUAUCAAAUCGUGUGCUAAUGAGCAAAAAUGUAAACAAUGUGUGGGCAAAUACUCUCAUAAUCAUUUAAAGUACAUAUAUUACUAGGUCUUUUGGUGGAUAAACCUGUUUAAUCCUUUAGGAAAAGUGAAGAAGUGAAUGAUCAGAGGUUGGCAGUUUCUAUACUCUGACCGUCGCUUAACCCGUCAGUCGAUCGAAUAAAGGGGUGAAAAUCUCUGUGAGUCAGUUAGCUGGUCAGAGAGAAAAAUAGACCAUUUUUAGCACGGUGACUGUUUGGUUUUUACAUGUCAUAAUAGAGAAUAAUUUUCGUUUUUACUUCUCCCCUUUAGAGUGAAAGGCCUCUGUAUGACGGAUGACUUGCUGAAUGAAGAAGACAGGCGCUUGUUGAUGUUUUCGGUGUCUUCUGAUGGAGAUUUAAGAGGAUGGGCUUUUAAUCCUGAAAAUGUAAGAGGAAACUGCAUCUAUAGUAAACUUAGCGUGCGAGCAAGCUCUUCAUACAGUAGCCUUGCGGGACCCAUAUGGGUUGCAGGGUCUUUUGUUUUCGGGCUAGGUUCCAUUGUCGUCUUUGUUUGUUCAUUAGCUGAAGGUCACACUACGGCCUUUUACCUAGGUAAAACCGAUUUACCUAGGGCAAGUUCAUCAAAAAUCUCCCGAGGUAAAUUCUUCUCGUUUUUUUUUUUUUACCUAGGUAAAAAAUUCUGGGAAGGUCACACUACUGAUAUCGGCUCCGAAUGUUUUCACGCUCAGUUGAAUUUUUUGGAGUGUAAAUUCAAGAAGGCAAGAUGCACGGAUCUAGCCGAUCAAAGAGACGUUUUUUUCUUUUGUCUCGCUGUUAUUUCUCACGCUAAUUCAACGUGCAUGGUGAAGACAGGCGUAGACGUAGACGAUUCGUGCCCCCAAAAUUUCCUUCACCGUGUGAGCUAUGUCCGGUUCUGUCGUCAAGACCUUCGCCUAUGAGCGUCUAUUGGCUAGCAACCUCGGUAUUUCUUUUUUUCCAAGCUAUCGCUUUGGAUAGCUGUAGCCUGUUCCAGGCUCUCAGAUAGUGGGGAAGACGCAAAAGUAUCAGCGGGCCCGACUAUCCCGGAGCCUGGAAAAGGCUAGGAUAGCUGUCAAGGGUCAGUCUAUUGUUCUCGAGACAUAUCCAAGCCCCAGACGAUAAAAUUCCCCCCGAGGUAAGUUACCUUGGGAAAAAUCGGUCACACUUAAAAAAUCAUGUUUCCCUAGGUAAACUGUCAACAAGUCGAGUUUACUUAGGUAAAAAGUCUGUAGUGUGACCACAGCUAUUGUUUUCCCAAUCAAUCUCGUUAUAUCUUCCGAGAGCUGCAAGGUCGCUCUCUUCUUAUCGAGCAAGAACGCGUGAGCGAGCGAAGAAGACGCGAUAUGACCCGAUAUUGGGUCUCAUCUCGCGUGCCGCUCGCGCGUGAUUUUCUCACUAUAUCUUCCAGGCUCCAGUUUUUCAAAAGGUGGAUAGUACUAUCCACUGGAUAAAUCACUAUUGGGACACUGUUGGGAUUGGUAAUAAGUUUUCAUCUAAUAGGGGAGUGCUCUCCUAACAGGAGAGAGCUACAACAAUACACCGAUAGGUCGGUGAGCUGCGAUACUCCUUGGCAAGAUACGGAUAUCGAUCUUUUAACAAGGUGUCGCGAAAAUUUGUUAAAUAACUCUGUUUAAUUUUCCUUGCCCAACCUCUACAUUCUAGCCAUUGUAAGGCGAUUUAUUGUAUUCAAUGACAGUUAAGUUUUCUUGGCGCGAUGGGCAGCCUUUGGCAAGUAUAGCUGUAGAUGUAGAUCUAGACUGUUAGCUUAACAAGUUUUCUAAAACUCCAAUUGUAAUCAGUUUCAAUCUUCUCCGAGUUUGUCCAUCCGUGCUUAUUUUGUAUUUGUUCCAUUAUUUAUACCUUCUUUUACUGCUUUCAGUGGUUCUAGUUUUUGUUUCAAUUUGUCUGCUGUCAAUUAUCACUGUUUAAAUUUUGAAAGAUUUUGUCACACAGCCCCUUUAAGUUUCUGGACAUGUACCUGGCGCUGCCCUUCUUUCAGAGAUGCUACGUAGUUCGAAAGAAGAAUGUUAAGCGUCCAUUGUACCAUCAUGACGUAUAACCUUCCUGUCAUUGUGUCCUACAGUUUGCAGAAGAGGCCAAGCUUGUAGCGAGAUUCGAUGUGCCGGGUAGACCGACUUGCCUCACUGUUGUUGGCAGAAAAACAUUCUCCUCAAAGGUUGAAGCAAUCGAUAAUGAAUUGGCUGUAAAAUCCGAGCAACAUUUAAAGGAGAAAAAGAAAAAGGGCAAAGGAAAGGAAGACAAACGAACCGUCAGCACUUCAGGUAUUUUGAUUCCUUUGCAAAACUUUUUACUUGCAUCAGCAGAGCUGCGAAUAACGCUCAAGUUAACCGUCGUCCAACGUAAAACCUUUCAAAUCGCCAAGCUUUGCUGUUUUCGGUAUUCCCGUACAUUUUCCUAAAUUCCAUCCCUCACGAAAGAUCACGGAGUUUGUGUCGGGUGCCCAGUGUCUUCCAGCAAUCAUAAAAUGUUUUUAAAAAAGUUAAGCAUGUACGAUAGUAGUAGUAAAGGAUUGAAUCCCGUAGAAGCUGAAUUCUUACUAAGGACGCUCUGAGGAGAAAAGGGGUUUGCUUGAUUUAUGAUUUUUUUUGUUUACUUUUGAUUUUUAUAUCGUUGAAUGAACAGGUGAUGAACCCAAGAAGAAAAAACACAGGACCAAGAAGAAAAAAUCCGCCAAGAAAAGAGGUCAGAAUGCGGUGGAAGGAACAGGUGCAAGAAGCACCGAUGAAAAACCACAAAGUGAACGUACAGAAAUGGAAGGAAAUGAGAGCGAUGGAAGUGAUGAGGCUUAUAACGAUGAUAUGGACGACGAAUAAGACAUCUGCAGGCCCGGAUUGUUCCGAUACUCUUGACUUGUGCAAGACUGCGUCGUACUCCCCAAAAGGACACAAAACAACAGAGAACAUCUAAUGCGAGUUGACAAGCUUGGGCUGAGAUCACUGAGAUCUUGCAACCAGAGAAGGAACCAUUACCGUCAUGGUUCUCAUUGGAAUAUUGGCUUAAUUAUCGGAGAAACAAAUGUUUGUCGCUAGACCAAAAAAAAGCCGUCUUUCUUUGAAGUAGCAUCUCUUGUAAUAGACAUGCACGUUUCAUUGGACGCUAAGAAACAAACUGCAUGUGAGCGACACAAGAAAAGAAAAAACACGGAUCGUGUUUUACUAGUUGGACCCUUGAGUUUGUCAGCAGAAGCUAGCAUAAUAAAAAGACCACAGUAAUAAGUAACUCUUGCGUCGAAAAAGGGAGAUAGUAAAUAGCUUUCGACAACCGUCACGAAACAGCGCCCAGUGUUUCACCGACUUUGAGAACCUUCGCGAC